CGGAUUUUUGUUAUUCAUGUCAUCUAAGCAGAUCAGUAAACACGUCUAUUUGAGAAAGACGGAACAUAUAUACGUCUCGUAGUAUAUACGAAUGAAGAAACAUUAUUUGCACGUUGUAAUCUUUAUAGUUAAGAAAAUGAUACGCAAGUUAAUGGAGAGUGAGAUUAUGUCAAAAGAAAAGAGGGUGUACGCAUUUCAAAGGGCGGCCAGAGUACUUCUUUCCAUUAAUAAAGCAUUUUGGAUCUUGUCAUUGCCCCUUUUAGUUGUGAUUUAUGUAUUUACCACUGGACAUGUUCAUAGGGAAACAAGGGAAGAUAAUACAAAAACAUGGCUUCUGGUUUUGUGUACAACAUUUGUACCUUCAAGAGAUCGAGAAAUUGUUCAUAACAAUACUAGGAAUAAUUGGAAUAGUCUGGGAUCAGAUGUGUUACCCGUACUCUUUCUAGAGUCUAAAUAUACUCAAGUAAAAAGAACGUUUGAGGAUAAUGGGUGGGUUGUGCUUCCCGUUGUUGAUGUCAUGUCGGAAGGGUUUCCGGUUAUAAAAAGUUUCUUUUCAGCUAUUAGUAGACACUUUCGGUCUAAGUAUGUUGGAUAUGCUAACGCAGAUAUUCUUUUCAACGACGACUUAGCUCGGACUUUAAAUCUUAUGGAAAAAUACAGACCAUUUGUUGAAAAACGAAAUGAAAUAUUUAUAUCUGGUUCUCGUUAUGACGUUGAAAAUAUUACAACAAAAGAUUUUUCGUCUUCAGAUAAAAUAAAACAAAUGAAAUUGGAUCAUUCUAAGCGACAUUCACCAAUGGGUCAGGAUUACUUCAUUACUGACUCUUACUAUACGUGGGAUAUGCUGCCACCAAUUGUUGUGGGAAAACAGAGAAUAGACAAUUGGAUUUUAAUAAAUGCAAUCGAAUUCAACCACACUGCAAUUGAUUCUUCUGAUGCUAUAACAGCUAUACACCAAACUGUAGAUUUAGGUUCAUGGACAGCGGAAAAAUGGAAUACAAACUUGUCCGAUCCAAAAUACAAUGAACACGUGCUAAAUGAUCUUCAACAAGAUUUUAUCUAUUUUCAAACCGGAAAUUUAGAUUGUCUCCCCUAUGAGUUUAACUAUACUGUGGCAAAUGAAGUGGUUUUAAUGAAACGACCACAAGUCGCUAAGUUUUGCAAAAGGCAACAUGAAAUGGUGGAAGUACUUAGAUUAAGAAAAGAAAAACAAGACAGAAAGUUAAAAUUGGAAUUAAUGAAGAAAAAAGACAAUCAAAAUAAGAACGUGGAGAUAAAGCACAAAAUUGUUAAAAGAUCCCAGGCAGACAUUAUUAAGCAAAACAAAGAGACUCUGAAGAAAGCAGGCAUUUUUAAGAAAUAUUAUCUACAAAGGUUGUUGCCUAAUUACGACGAAAGAGAUUAAUGUUGAAUAUGUGUUUCUUAUACUGUGUGUGACGUGAAGAAAGGGAUACGAAACAUCUGUAUUUGUCCUUUGAAAGUUUUUGCAUUUUUACAGUAUAUGCAAGACGUUUACGUCUUAUUGCAAAUUUGAAAGAUGAAAUAAUAUUUGAUAUAUUUAAAGUUCUUUUUUGAAUUAAAAGGACAAACAAGUGGCUUUAUCAUGCCUUCUCUAAGUUUCUUCUUGGUGAUUUCAGUAUCUUGAGGUUACCCGAGCACACAAAUAAGUAUCUCGAAGGUUUCAUUGCGUGCUAUAGUAAAACAGUCUUUAGGCUUUAGCGACCUUCAAUGUGAAGUGUAAAAUAAAGAGACUAAACAGGUAA